CUGCCUUUGUCGAAAUUGGUCCAAGUGAGGACUUUUGCAGAGUAGUAAGAAAAGUCCGUUGCUAGUAGUAGGAUUCAAAGAGUGAUAGCAAAGCGGGGCUCAAGCGUUGCAAGAAUCAUAGAAGUUCAAUUUUCUCUGUACUCGCGUGCUUGCGGAACAAGAUGGCUGACGGUGAGCAGGAUCAGAUCGAGAACGCCUUUGCGCGUUUGGUGCAGGCCAGUAACGCCGAUAAACCGAACCAGAUUCGUGCUAGAGCUAUCAAGCAAUGUUGUCAGACCCGCUUUGGUGUCACAAUUGCCUCCACUUCGGAGAACGAAAUAAAGACGAUCGAGAAGGCCCGCAUGAGUGGGUAGAUGGUUGUUGGUUGUAGCUUUUCCGACUUGAUUCUUUGUUCUUACACUUCUUCAAUAAAAAGUAGAACUGUUUCUAAUGAUAUGAACAAUCGACAUGCGCUUACACAUUCCCUUGUUUAAAAUUUAGGAAUUUGCACGAGCGCCCGACUUCGUUUGCUGACAAGAUCGAGUCCAUGGUUGCUCGCGACGCUGUGGUGAUGAUUCUGUCCGGUGGUUAUCACCCGCCGGCCAUCGAGGUUCAGAACGAGGAGGGCGUUGCGAUCGUGCCGGCUGCCGAGGCCUUCAUCAACGAAAAUGCGACUCAAGAAGCUAACCGUGUGGCGGCUGACAUUUUUCAGGUCAAAUAAUUUGCAUUUUGAAAAUAAAGAAGUUGCAAAACUAUGGUAUUUGGGUUUUAAGAGAAAAACAGGCUGUUAGCUGAAGUUGAAGUGAAGGUUUAGACUGAGAUGGUUUGGCUGAUGGUGUCAUCGUUUUGGUAUUCCUCUCCAGAUGUUUCUCAAGCCGACCUGGAAGGAGUUGUCGGCAGAAUCUUUGAAGAAGGCCGUCUCUGAGACCUACGUUGGGAAAAUGUCCCGUAUUGCUGGCGCGAUGCCGAUUGGGGAUCGCCACUACCACCAGAGAACUGCCGGCUUCUUUCAAUUGGCGUUCGAGGAUGCCAUGGCAGGAAACAUUUCCCAGUACAUACGGGUUUGAUUAUUUAGAAAAUUUAGAUGAUUGAACACAAGUGGUGAAUUUAUAAGGUGGGACCUAUUUUCAAAACUUUUCAUUCUUUUCAGAAGUCCAAAGGAGGCCACGUUGACUUUGAUCGAUCUCAUUUCCCUCCAGGACUCGCAUGGAUGAAUCCCGCAAGGAUUUGGAGAAGAUGAAGGCUGAGAUGGAAAAGUCCACGCAGAAGGCUCAGUACGUUUCCCCGCAGAAGCAGGCGCAUUCCAAGCCGAACCCUUAUGGGUCAGGCUCUGGAUCGAGCAGGAAGCCAGUUGGCCGCCGCUUCUGCUUUGCGUGGUUGAAUACAGCCAAGGCUUCGCGUGUCUCUGG